AUGAAGGACUCGUCAGAGUCUCUGACCAGUGACACCGUCCUCAAUAAGCAAGACAGCAACAUGCAGGAAGAGAAAAGAGAAGAGAAACUUGGGAAUCUGACUUCAGCCAAGAAGCCGUCUUCAGUCCACUUUUUCCCAAAGAUAGUGGAUUUGGCUUCCACACUGUCACUACUGUCGAAGUCAUUUUCCGAAGACCUGCCUCUCAGCUUCUACCAGAUCGCCAGUGCUCAGAACAGUGGUUUCACCUUCUCAUCCAUGGGACCACUGACUUCUAAAUCUACCAUCCUGAGCUGCUCCCGAGGAGACACCAGCCUGGCAAAGCAGAGCACAAGCUUCAUGAUUCCAAAGAAACAGCUCCCACUGAGAUUGGACUCGGACACAUUUUUGCUGGGGGAUGGUGAGGACUAUUUCCUUUCUUUGUUUGGAAAGUCGAAGAGGUUCACUGCACACCCAUCCCAAGCCGAGGACGUGUCCAAACACUUGUCUGUGAUUCUCGAAGAAGUGGGCCAGUUCACAUCCAGUUCUCUUGGAGACGUUAAAAUAGCUGACAUAAAUGCCAAGGGUUUAUUUGUGAGGAUCGUUAACUCUUCCAGUGACAGAGAAGUGGAGAUUGGAAACCACAUUCUCCAACAAAACGUGGGUGGACAAGCAGUGUCGCUGUACCGGUUCCUCCCCAGCAUCACGAUGCAGGCCAAUUCCUCGGUGACGGUGUGGGCGGCAGCAUCAGAAGCAAAGCCCCAGCCACCGACGGACUUUGUUUGGGAGGAGCAGGACAGGUUCCGAUCCAGUCCAGACUGCACGACCAUCCUGUGCAAGCCUCACGGUGAGGCUGUUGCCUGGUACACGCCCAUCCACUGGAAGCAAGCGUGGGAGAAGUUAGAGACCGACAUUGAAUUUGAGCGAUGUUCAGUGGUGAUCCCAUCACUGAAAAGCCAUAUGUUUCGGUGGACAACAUCUACAUCUUCCAUAAACAAGGAAAAACAAGAAGCAACAAAGAAAGAGUGCUUGCAGAGCCAGGGAGAGAAAGUCCACUCUGCUCUUCUGAGAGAAAAGGAGCUCCUGCCAACCGUUUUUCCCAACCAGAGCCCCUGGUGCCACAGUCCCUCCGCCUCUCCACACCCGUACUGUUCUCUGAUAGAGUCACGUGACCCAGACAUCUCUGAGAGCAGGCCUAGUACACAGCCCAAGGCUCAAUCAACCAAGCCGGAGCCAGCCUCAGAGACCAAGAAAAAGAAAUCAAAGUCGAAAGAAACUAGGAAACAGUUCAAUCUAUGAAAUUUCUCACACUGAUCAAACAAUAAAAGAGACUAAAGAGGAUCAGGAAGAAUGUGCAUGCUAAAGAGGGGGUACCAUCCCAGGA